GGAGACCGGUUAUCGAUAUUGAUUCAAUGGAAGACAGUAAUGUCACUGCCUGCAACGAUCUUGAUACGAAGGUAAACACCAUUCUUGGCAUCAUCGUGCAAGACGACAGAGAUACAUUUGCCAAACGUGCCAAGAUGUACUAUCAGAAGCGACCCGAGCUCGUUGAGAUGGUCGAAGAGCUGCGGAGAUCGUACCGGUCAUUAGCUGAGAAGUCUGACCAAUUGAGAUCCCAAGGACUGCAAAACUAUUUUCAAGGCCAUGAGGAACUUAACGGAGUCCGGUGUUCUAGUUUGCAUCCCAAGUUCAGUGCCGAAGACCCCGAUCAGGAGAUAGAAUUCGAUCAAGACGCCUCGAAUUCGAUCAAGACGAGACCGGCCGAUGAGCAGAAGAACAUCAAGUUCCAGCGUAAUAUAAGUGAUUGUUCUCUACUAAUGGAGAACGAGAAGCUGUGGAAUGAACUGAGGUUCAAGGUGUCGGAACUGGUAGACGAUAAUGUAAGCCAGCAGACCGAGUUGAUAAAGAGAAAUGAAAACGGAAGGACAUCGGAAUUAAGCGAUGAAGUUGGUAAGAAAACUAGGUCUCGAUUAUCAUGGCUCAAGAGACUGUUUUGCGCAAGGAGUAUGGAAUCACAUGGUAGUUAGGUACCUAGCUAGGUUAAUUGCCUUCUCA